AUGAGCGUUAUAUUGUGUACAGCUGGUUAUGACCACACUAUUAGAUUCUGGGAAGCACUCUCAGGGAUAUGUUCAAGAACAAUCCAACACCCGGAAUCCCAAGUGAACAGACUAUGCAUCACACCAGACAAAAAGUACCUGGCCGCCGCGGGCCGCCACAUGGUGCGCCUCUACGACAUCAAGUCCAGCAAUCCCAACCCCAUCAUGCAGUUCGAGGGCCAUACUAACAAUGUGACUGGAGUUGCAUUCCAUUGCGAAGGAAAGUGGAUGGUCACGAGCUCGGAAGAUUGCACGGUAAGAGUGUGGGAUACCAGGUCGGGCAUGAUUCAGAGAAACUAUCAACACUCACAUCCGGUAAAUGACGUGGUCAUUCAUCCAAACCAGGGAGAGCUGGUCAGUUGCGACCGCGGAGGAAAUAUUCGCAUCUGGGAUUUGGGCGCAAGCAGAUGUACCCAUCAACUUGUUCCCGUGGAAGACAUCUCCAUGGCCAGCGUGAGCGUUGCGAGUGACGGCUCCCUACUCGCUGCUGGAAACAACCUGGGCGACGUCUACAUCUGGCGCGUGUACCAAAACCACGAUUCUACCACACUUCUGCCUUGCCGCGCAUUCAAAGCCCACAAGGAUUACCUCACCCGCUUGCUCCUAUCGCCAGACAUAAAAUAUCUGGCGACAUGUAGCUCCGACCAUACCGUGCGCGUCUGGAAGAUCGACAUGAAUGAGGAACACCUUGAAGACCUCAAUGAACCACAAACUCCCCCAAUAUCACAACAGCAGCAUGAUGAAUCAACCAACCAUACAGAAUCUACCCUGAAUAACACAAACAUGAUCACCGUGUCACGCUCUCAACCCUCCCUUCCCAGCGCUGCCGAGACUGAUAAAAACGCCGCCGACCUCUCCUCCGAUCCCAAACUAUCCCAAUCCACUCCAUCUCUCGCAUCGACCACCUCCCAACAAUUCCGCCCUACGACGGACCUGAUCUCCAUCCGCCGCCCCCUCCCCUGCCACGCCAUCCUGGACAUCCACCAACGCUGGGUCUGGGACUGCGCCUUCAGCGCCGACUCGGCGUAUCUUGUCACCGUCUGCUCCGACCACUACGCCCGCCUCUGGGAGAUCCUCACGGGCAAGAUCAUCAGGCAGUAUAGCGGCCACCACAGGGGCGCGGUGUGCGUCGCGUUGAACGACUACAGCAAUCCGCCUUAG